AUGGGCAGGAUUAUGACCAUGGCCAAGAAAUCCGUCGCCAUCGUAGGUGCUGGACCCUCAGGCCUGGCAGGAGCCAAAGUCCUUCUGGGUACAGAUAAGUUCGACGUGACAAUCUACGAAAAGGCAGAUCGGAUCGGAGGUAUAUGGGCCCUGGAUCAGAACUCUACGGAUGGCUUCUUACACCCGAACACGCCUACGAACCUGUCACGCUUCACGGUCGCUUUUUCCGACCUGGACUGGAACUUGAUCGAUUUGCAGUCUUCCAAGACAAAUGGCACCACCGGUGCUAAUGGAUCAGUUGAGAAACCUCCCACACCCAUGUUCCCCAAGGCGUGGCAAGUGAACCGAUACCUGGAGGCCUAUAGGCAAAAGAACAUUCCCGAGAACAUCAUAAAUCUUGGCUGCGAAGUUAUCAGAGCGGAAAGGAAGGGCGAUGAGCUUGACCACACAUGGGAGAUCACUGUGAGAGACCGUAGCAAAGCCGACCGCACAUCAGGCUUCGACUACUUGUUGCUUGGUUCCGGCUUCUUCUCCAAGCCGCGGCCAAUUUCCCACAGCAUCACGAAUAUGCCCUCGAAGCUGGAUGUGCAAUCGAUCCACAGCUCACAGUUUCGGAAGCUUGACGACCUGUUCCCUGUCACUGUCCCUUCUACCGGCAAGAACAUACUCAUCGUCGGUGGCGGGAACUCAGCUGGCGAAGCAGCAGCCGCGGUCGCUCAGCAGCUAUCCGAUGCGCAAUGGUCGCCGGGUGACCAUGUUCGCAAACGAUAUGAGGGAUAUAAUAUCGUGCAUGUAACACCUCGCCCUUUGUAUGCCAUCUCCCCCUUCGUUCCAGUGGAUGAGAGCUCUACGACCUUCAUGCCCGUCGACCUCAAGCUAUAUGACCUCUCAAGGCGACCUGCAGGACCCAUUACCGGCAACGCUGGUCGUGUUACCACAGCUGUGAAGGAUACGAUUCAUAGAGCCGUACAGGGUAUGAUCGGAGGGGAUCAAUCUGAUCUCACGCCAGCCCUGAGCGUUCCACGCGGCGAGCCGCGCUCUGUCGCAUAUGUGGCCUUGAGUGAAAGCUAUCCAGAGUUUGUGCGCAGCGGUCUGAUUGAGGUUUUGGGCGGUCGAGUGUCAUGCCUGAAUGCUGGCUCCAAUGGUGCCAUGGCAGCCGAUGUCGUUGGCACCGACGGCGAUGUUCGUAUCGAGAACAUCGGUGCCAUAGUAUAUGCUACAGGUUACACUCCAGCUUCCGCGAUUGACUUUCUGGGAGAGGACGUCAAGCAAGCGCUACAUUACGAUGCGGGUAGUCUGCGUCUGCCGCUACUGCUCCAGGAGUGGCAGACAGCAGUGAAAGUAAUACCCGAGCUGUCAUUGCUGGGCUUCUAUGAAGGCCCAUACUGGGGCAUGAUAGAGAUGCAAGCAAGACUUACAGCCGAGAGAUGGCUUGCCGACAGUCCUCCCUACGUUCGGCCGUAUGAGGGCACUGAGGAGCUUCUUGAGCUCCGCAAGGAUAUGCAAGCGAAAGGUCUGGACGUUCCACAGUACUGGUUUGGAGAUUAUGCAGGCUACAUGGAAGAGGUCGCCGCUCAUCUUGGCCUGCAAAGGAACAACGGAGCUUUCGCUGAGCGUGAGGGUGUUGUGUCGCCUUCGAGAUAUCUGUCUCCAAAGUCAGAGCAUGCCCAGGCAAACUCCGUCAUUCAAGAUAUCUACAAGACAUGGCGCGCCUGUCUUGACUAUGGUAGGUUUACUGCGCGUGCGGCGUUCCGUGCUCUGCAAGGUAAUUGGUUUAUUCAGCGGACAAUCGACAGCGCCCUGUCGACCUUCCCGUCUGGGACACUGGAGGGUCAAGCUAGCUUCCGUCCUCGAGCGCCGACCGGGGACAAGAGUGGCAUGUUGUUCGAUUUCGAGUAUCUCUACACCGAGAGCGGCGUUCUGACUUUGGCCAAUGGUGCAGAAAUGACAGCAAGGAGACGCUACGUCUAUCGCUACUCGGAGGAGCGUGAUGAACUUAGCGUGUGGUUUGUGAAGCCGGACAGUGAGCUCGAGGUCGACUACCUCUUCCACAAUCUGACGUUCGUGCCACCAGCCGAAGCCAAGCAGCGCGGAGCGUGCGUGGCGAAAACUGACCACCUGUGCGUGGAGGACAUGUACUGGACCGAGUACAGCCUGCCAAUCAAAGGGAUCUCGCUGCACACUUUCGAGACCAAGCACACCGUGCAAGGCCCCAGCAAAGAUUAUGUUGCUACCACGAACUUCUCUCAGAGUUCCCAAACACCGUCAUCACUUAAAGCAUGA